AUGAUCUGCUCUAAAGUCGCCUGGUUCGCGGAUGACGUAUUUGGCCUGCAUAUUCGGGAUCCGCUGCUGCCGCCUCCAGCCUUGCAAAACCUGAAUUUUCCAUAUCAGGAACCACUCUCACCUUAUGAUGACCUAGAAUCCAUAUCAUUAUCCACGUUAUUCCUGCUCUUAAAAUUGUAAAUGUAACUAACAUGUAAAUUCUGACUAAUAUAGUUCUAAGCAGGAGCCAAUCUAGUAACCCACGCGGAAGCUGCAUUGUAUUCGCAUCCUGGCGCAG